GUUCAUUUCUCCCCCAGAACUUCAAAAUAUGACCUUUUUUCUUUUUCAAUAAUCCAGGAUUUGCAGAUGUAAUCUAGUACAGAUAAGUUGAAUCUUCCUAUGCUUGGGGUCUUUAUGUCUUCAUAGGAAAAGCAAACGCUGUUUGAAGAGUGAUGCGUAGAUGAAAUGCCGUGUGAUUGCAGAUGCAUCAGCCGAAUUGCUGCAGCUGCAAAGCCAGCCAUGCCAAAGCUUGCCGAGGAACCGUCAUCAGCUGGGACAUAAGGAGGAAGUAUUCUCUAUGACUUUCAGAGAAAAGAUGGCCUUCCUGACAACGUUCUUUUGCACUUCUUGAUGACGGUGCUCCAAAAAUUAAGUGAAUAAAACUGCUGCAGAAGGAUCCUCAACCCGUGUCGUCUCACUCUUUGCUGGCGAAGGGAAAUCGCGACGCGGGCUAUGAACAACUGGUGCCGAAACCCGGGAAAUUUCAUCUUGCACCGCGAGGAAGAACCCCUCCUUUUGGAGGGAGGAUUCAGAACUGCAGGACGAUUGCUCAGAGAGGCGUGCUGCGGACCACUGCCCAGCGUUGGUAAGAAAAGAAUGCCCGUUUCCUGGUGGUGGGGAGCACUCUUUGUCCUCCUUAUUUGGAUUUGCCUUCUCUUUUGCUCUUGUGUCUUUACUAUGGGCACUGAGGCGACUUGGAAGAUGGUUCAAAAUUGUUUGGAGGAUGAGGCAUGCUCCAUAGUGGUCAGGGAAGGCCGGCAGGUGUUGGAAAAGGUCCAAGACAGUUUGUCAGAAACCGAGCAAUCAGGAGGGCUGGGCGCGCGUAUGAAAAUACCCAGCAAUAAGGAAAAAGGACUGCCCGGUGGGGGCAAGAAGUUAGAAAUAAAUAAGGAAAAAGGACUGCCCGGUGGGGGCAAGAAGUUAGAAAUAAAUAAGGAAAAAGGACUGCCCGGUGGGGGCAAGAAGUUAGAAAUAAAUAAGGAAAAAGGACUGCCCGGUGGGGGCAAGAAGUUAGAAAUAAAUAAGGAAAAAGGACUGCCCGGUGGGGGCAAGAAGUUAGAAAUAAUUAAGGAUGAAAUCAAUGGGAAGGUGCUUUCGGGUUUGAUUGACACUGGUGCAGAUGUAACGAUCAUUGCCAAAAAAGACUGGCCAAAAGAGUGGCCCCUCACCCCCUCACUGACUCACCUUCAGGGUACAGGCCAAUCCCAAAACCCUAUGUUAAGUUUGUCCCCACUUGAUUGGCGCACCGAGGAGGGCAAAUCCGGGACUGUAUGCCCUUAUGUUCUGCCUGGGCUCCCUGUCAAACUCUGGGGCAGGGAUAUUCUCUCACAAAUGGGCCUUUUACUAAUUGACACCUAGGGCCCCCUUCCCAUUGAAAAAUUACAGGCCGCCAAGUUGUUAGUGCAGGAACAGCCCGGCACCCCACCCCCAUUUUUGUGAUAAAAAAGAAAUCCGGUAACUGGAGGCUCCUCCAUGACCUCCGGGAAAUAAAUAAAACUAUGAUCCCCAUAGACGCCACCCAGCCUGGCACCCCUUGCCCGUCGGCUAUUCCCCACGGCAGCUCUAAGAUUGUCCUUAUUCUUAAGAAUUGCUUUUUCUCCAUUCCCCUCCACCCAGAGGAUUGCAAGCGUUUUGCCUUUUCUCUCCCUGUCACAAACUGCGCUGGGCCCCAGCCCUCGCUUCCAUUGGAAUCACUUUUUGGGGUAUGCACCCUCCCCAGCUUUUCCUUGGUUUUGAACUUGCUGCCGUGUCCAAAUUAUUUGCCUCGACCCCUCAUCCCUUUAAUCUUUAUACAGAUAGCUUUUAUAUUGCCACCCCCCCCCUUUUUGCCUCUAGAUUGCUAGCUUCUUAUUAGAAAGAGCCCGAUGUACAUUGUAGCAACCCCAUUGUCAGGGGGACAAGACCAAAGGUAAUAUGGACGCCCGUAGGGCAGGUUUAAGAAUUUCUGUGUGAAUGUGGUGCGUGGGGUGCGCACCGGAAUGAAAGAGGACCGGUCCGAAUGAGUGCAGGAGUGUGAUUUGUGCGAGUGCCUUUAGUGUGUGUGUAUAUUUGUCUCAUUAUAUUUCUCUUAGUUAUGCUUAUUAUUAUCAGCAGAGAAGUCAGGAAAAUGCAAGAUCAUGUGGUUGAGUGUUUAAUAAUAUCAGGAAUGAAAAAGAGUGUCGCUAAGGUGGUCUAUCCACCUCAGAAGUAGUCUUGAUCUUAAAAUUGUAACAUCUGACAACUUAGGUUUCAACAACUUUGUCAUGGAUUGUUUUGCCGGCUUAUAUCAACAAAAGCGCUCUUUCUUGACCCAAUUUUAAUAAGCAGGAAACUGGCUGGUCAGGCAGAGAAACAGGGAGCAAUGUUCCCAAUCGGCCGACAGGGCUUAACUUUGCCCUGGGGACUUGUUCCUUCCUUUCUCAGUCUAUCAGUUUUUUCCCUGCCAUUUCUGAAGGGUCAGAUCAAUAGAUCAACUGCAGAUGUGUGCACAUGUACAUGUGGUGUUUUUAGUGAACUUAUUGUCUGUCUGUUUGUCUGUCUGUCUGUCUCUCUAUGUGGAACACUUGAGUGCUGGAGCCAGAAUGAAAAUCAGUGGUAAAAAAAUUAGGCCUGGGGAAAACAGGAUCAUCUCGAGAGAUCAGGGUGAUAUGCAGUUCAGCAAUUUAAAGGAUCUAUGUGAUUUUGGAACCUGUUAGACCAGGUUUAAACAAAGAUUUCUAAUUAGAAUAUGGCGCCUACAACGAAAUUGAAAUUUUUAGUCUAAAUUUUUUAUUGGAAGAACAUUAAUAGUUAUUACCAAUUGAAAUUCUUUUGAAUUCCAGUAUCUGUACUAUCUAGAAACAGCUACAGAACUAGAGCCAGAAAUCUAAAAGUGAAUUGGGAAUUCAGAGUGCAAGGUUUAUCUUAUAAGCCUCUGCUAAUUUUAAUGAGGAAUUUAGCUGUUUUUCAAACAACAAAGGUACAGAAACCCUCAAAAUAAACAAAGUUACUUGUGUUUCCGUAGACAUUUGAUAGUCAAAAAUUUUUUUUUCUAUGCUAUUAUCGAAGUUUGGUUAAAAAAAAAUAUAUAUAUAUAUGUGUAUAUAUAUAUAUAUAUAUAUAUAUAUAUAUAUAUAAAUACCCGAAGGGCUCUUUCUGUGUUUGACAGCAUGCUUGUAUUGUGGAAUUGAUAAAGUUAGAAAGCUCAUGAUUUGAACUAAGGUACAAAAACUGUUGAACUUAAGCCAAAGAAGAUUUACUCAUGUUUCAUGAAAAUUGAUGGUUUAAAGGUCUUAUGCUGUUGUGUCAAUGUACUUAUACAUCUGCAUUCGAUUAUUAGAAUGUGAGCUGAAAUAAUUGUAGUAAAAACAGGUUCGAAGAGUAAUGGUUUAGUUAAAACAUGAGUUUUUUGGAGUUCUAAUAUUGGUUGCAAAACUUGUCCUACCAGUGUUUUAUUUGAUUUGAGAUAACAAAAAAAUAAAAAAAAAAUUUUUUUAAGCUACUUAGCUCAGGGUCAUAAGGAGUGAGAGUUUUUAAAGAUUUCCGAGUCCGCAGAAUGCUCCAGGGGGAACCCCUGAGAGGGAUUCUCUCUUUUCUUCUUACAGAGAACAUGCGGCUCGUCGUCCGGUGCCGACCCUGCGGGUUUGCAAUGAUGAUCCUGCUGCUGACUGUGCAACCGACGGAGGCCGGAUUGGGCCGGCCGGCUGACCCUACACACCUCAUACAACAGCUGUAUGGGACCCCGUGCAACUGUCAGGGAGGACAAUCUUCGGUGACCCCAACGAGCUACACGAAAACCGUGGACUGUGGGACUCUGACUAUAUAUCUCAUCACGCGGCCCAGUGCUCGAGGCGGACUGACCCAGUUUUGGCAGUGCGUGCCCAAGCCUACUUUUAUAAAUAAGGGGGAUCCCUGUCCUCAAAACUGUCAAGUGGUAGACCAGAUGAAUGCCAUGUGUUAUACCAGCUAUUCUGAAUGUACCCUAGGAGGAAAGAGGUAUUUUACUGCAAAGCCCCAUAUGUCCUACGUGGAAACCGCUUGAUGCUAUGUUGGUUGAUUGCAUUUCUGAUUUUGUUUUGAUGGUUGUAUUUUUUGAUUGUUGUUUUGAUUAUUUGCUUUUACCUGGGUUAUAGCUGACUGCUGCCUGGUGCCCCAAUCCUCUGGCGGGGGCUCGGACUCGUUGGGCUCCCGCUAUCCCCCUCUUGCGCUCAUGGCUCCUGCUCUGGGAGCAGCCCUUGCACGCUCAGAGCCACAAGGGCUCAUUGCACGAGUACGGGUGCUCCAGAGUAUUCUUCCUGAGAAGGGUGUCAGGCCGGAGAGCACUGCAUUGAGUUGGCCCCCGACUCAGGGUGGCGAGCCACUUGCAUAGGGCCGCCGUCGGAUUUUGCCCUGCCUGGAAGUGAGGACGGCGGGACAGGUGGAGCCUUGGUGCGACCUGAAGGGGACGUGCGGAGGCCUCCUCAGUCCCUUGUAAUACAGGCAGUGGUGACCGCCACCCCUUUCUACCAACAGGAUGGCUCCAUAAACAAAGACAUAAGGGGGAGAUGUAGGGAGCCAGAGCACAUUGCGCAUGUGCGCAUGCGCAUGAUCGCGCAUGCGCGACAAACACAUUGCGCAUGCGCGACAAACACAUUGCGCAUGCGCAACGACCACAUUGCGCAUGCGCAACGACCGCAUUGCGCAUGCGUGGCGAGAGCCAAUAGAGCGCCACCUCAUAUGGGGUGAUUGGCGAGAGCCAAUAGAAUGAGCGCCACCCUAUGGGGUGAUUGGCGAGAGCCAAUAGAAUGAGCGCCACCCUAUGGGGUGAUGGGCGAGAGCCAAUAGAAGAUGAGCACCACCUUAGAGGCGGGGCAACCAGGCUAUAUAAGGAUUGCCAUUACCCAGGUUGUUGUUCUUUCUCCUCAUGAAGUUAAGUGAAUAAAACUGCUACAGAA